AUGGCAACAGUAAAACAAAAUGCCAGUGCUCAGAGCAGCCCGAUCUUGGGAUCUAACUCGGAAUUUGAAGCCCAGACAGGCGGCCACCGCCUCUUUGAGGAUAAAAUCAAAGUCUCGGUGGUUGCACUAAUUGUUUAUCUUUUUUUGUGGACAGGAAGAACAUCAGUUGUUUUGUCAUCUGUCUCCUUACAGAUUCUUUUCUAUUUAAAUGGAGUUUAUUAUAUAUUUUAUUUCUUGGCAACCCUAUUGAUGAUUAUUUACAAAAGCCAAGUUUUCACUUAUCCAAAUAAUUUAUUGGCACUUGAUCUUCUAUUGCUGUUCAUUAUGGCCAUUUUAGAAUCAGUCCGACUAUACUUUGGUACUAAAGGGAACCUGACAGAAGAAGAAGCUCCCCUGGGGGCCAGUCUUGUUAUCUCUGUUGGUAGUGUAAUUCUGUCUGUCUAUUUUUUGGUGUGGCAGACUUACGUUCUGAGAGCAGAUGUCAUUAUUAAUGCAGUGCUGCUUGCUACAUAUGGGCUGGAAGGAAUUCUGCAGAUUAUAGCUAUUGCUGCAUUUGUCAGCUAAAUCACAUAUUGCUGUCUGUGGUCCAUUUACUGUCUUCAGAAAGAAGCAGCCUACAUCUUUAAACCGUAUUCUUGUAAAAUACACAACAAAGUUUCAUGAGCACCUUGUGAGCUACCAUGUCACGCUUAGAGUAACUUAUUUAGUAGUCAAAUAUGUUUGCAUUUUCAUUGGAUUCUGGUGUUAAGUUGGUAGGUAGAACACAGUGUUUGUAUGCAAAUCAGUGCUGAUUUACAAUUUAUGUGGCAGACAGGUUUGCUGUUUGUUCAUCACAUGUCUUCUAGUGAAUACCAUUACGUUGUAUGUGCACAGAGUCAUGUAGUGGGCAAAUGCCAGGAAUCCAUGAUACUUCAUGGCAUCUUAGCAUAUGUCUGUCACAUUAUUAUACAUGGGUGUCCCCUUAAAAUAACAGGUGAGAAGAACACAGUGGACAGGCAGCAUAAAUUGUUAAUCAGAAUAAAUGUAACCCAGGGCCAUGACCUAGAGUUUUGCAGCUACUGAAAGUGAUUCCCAUAUCCCAUAUCCAUAUUCCCGUACAGUGGGAAAAAGUCAUACAUUACUUACAUUCAGUGUAUAAAUUUUAAAAGAAGGUAACCUUGUUUUUUGAUGACUUGGAAAACAGGAUGUUUCAUCCCUGAAUGUAUUUACUAAUAAGGCUGGUUUGCUAGUAUAUUUUACUUAAAGGAAUAAUUGAUGUAGCAUAAGUCUUGUUGAUUUCAGUGGAACCCAGUAAGGCUGGUGGAACCCAAUCAUAUGGAUAUUUGUUCAAAAAUAAGUCUCACGAAAUCAACAACAUUGAUCAACAAUGCAAUCCAAAACAGACUUAAUAUCCGUCUAAGCCUGUAGGGCUGUGACUUAAGGACUCUUUCAUGGGAGGAAGAAAGACCGAAUUAAACAGGACUUCACUUCUGAAGACCUGGUUAGGAUUGUGCCCUAAGGAUGCUUGGGUUGCAGCUGUAGCCUUUCAGUAAGGAUUCUUUAAUUCCUAACUCAGUGUUCUCAUAUGAUUAAUUUCCAGUGAAAGUCAGAAUUACAGAAUUAUUAAGGAAUAGAUUCAUAUUAUUAGCAGAGUAUAUUAUGGCACACUUCCAGACUUGGAUGGAUGAAGAUUAUUCCUUUGUACAUGAGUUAUAGAAUGUGGUUAAUUAUUAUGUGUUAGUUGAUAACUUUGAUCAUUUAUCCCUAUAUGAAAUUGUAGUGUUUUUAGUUUUGCCUUUAAAAUGUAAUAUCACCUGAUGCAAGAACAGAACCCUGGUUUUUUUUCUAUUUUAAAGCAAUUAAGAAAAGACUACAGGACUAAUUCAGGUCCAAUAUGAACCUGAAAGGGUUUGAAACUAGCUGUUCUGGGAACUGCAGUUUUGAAUAUUGUUUUCUCAUUCCAUUUGUUUAAGUAUCACUUUUGUGUGUAUAUAUAUCUUUUCUACCGCUUUGUUUUUGUUCUGUAAGACCUUUUAGAAUUGUGUUUUUGUUGCACAGAUAUUAUGCCGGUUACUAUAUUUUAUUAAACGGGAUUUUUUUAAAAAAA